CGUACUGAAAUUUAAAUACGAAGUACUUGACGGGAGGGGACACAAGAGCCUCAUUUGAAAGGAAGUUUUCAGAUGAUUGCACUAUCCUGUAACAAACUAUAUCCAAAGAGCGAAUAUAAAUUCGAACAAGAUCAUUUAUAUUCUAAGCAUCAGAAAACAAGGUUGAAUUAUCUCAUGGGACCGCAGUUAAGCCGUUUUGUCACAAAAGGACGAAUUUUCAUGUGGGCGGGUAUCGAUCGGCGCUGUUCAGUGCGCGCCCUGAUGGAGCUUCACAGUAAACACAGCACGCUCAGUGUGAAGAAGACGUCCCAAGAUGCACGCGGUCACCACGGUACUAGUAGCAGCCAUCGGGAUAUGUGCUAUCGCCAAAUCCCCAGGGGCUACAACAGCGCCGACAAUGCCACAAACUAUGAACUCCGGCGAAGAGGAUAAACAAAUUCCUUCUCCGAUGAAUUACUUCAGGAAUGUUAUCAUACCCAAAUACAUGAUUCCCCACUACAUUAAAUACGUCGAUAAACCUGGAUUUUUGCCGCAACCAAUCGUAUUCACAGAUUCAAAACCAGACCUGCUGACUAAGGAAAUAAUUCACCUUAAUGAAAUGGAAACCGAUGAAAAUGAUGAAAAGGAAUUCAACGACUUGAUAACUAAAAACUUCAUGUCCCGCAUAAUGGAAGUCGGAAGCCCCGUCCCAAAACAAGUUUACUCGAGUGGCGGUUCAAAUAAAGCCGAAAUAAACCUGAAACAUGCUAACAUACCCGCCCCACAUUCAGACAUAAACUCAGCCAGACCCAUUGUGCAGCCCCAAUCCUUCAAUAUUCCCGAUGAACCUAAAGAAAUAACUGAAAAAGAAACAAAAGGUUUUGCUCUCACUCCAUUCAACAAAGAAUAUUACGAGGAACAAAAUAUUUCCGAGAAUACCAACGAAACUAUGCCAAAUGAUUCUGUCGAAAUUGCUGAACUCGAGGCUUUACCUAAAUUAGAACCUCGACAGAUCCGCCAGAAUCCCAACCUUGGAAAGGCCAAAGCCCUGGUUGCUGACGAUCUGGAUAAACUUAAAAUUGGACUCUAUGGCGACGAUGGUUCCACGAAUAAACCUCAUCAUAUUCACUUGCUGGAAUCCGGUUCUUCUGAUCCUUCCGACUCUAUUUUUGGUGUUGCUCUGAUGGCGGCCAUAGGAACAGCCCUCACCAUGGCCAUUCUAGGAUUUGCUUUUGGCUGGUACACGUUAUCCAAAAGAGCCAAGGCUGCUGCUGAUGUAGAUUACCCGGCUUACGGCGUGACCGGACCUACUGUCGACAGCUCCGGCGACCGCAAGCUAGCUCAGUCCGCCCACAUGUAUCACUACCAACACCAGAAACAGCAAAUCAUUGCAAUGGAGAGGAAUGGACUUGACCAACGCCACGGCUCUAUGUCGGACCCGGAAUCUGAUGAGGAGAACGAAGAAGGAGAUUACACCGUUUAUGAAUGCCCCGGGUUUGCUACCACCGGAGACAUGGAAGUGAAGAAUCCGCUCUUCUCCGAGGACGCCACUCCUGCUACUCCUGGAAAGUGCGAGAUCGUCAAGCAACAACCCAAAAAGUAAAAAUAUCGACAACAUUCGCACAUCCAGCAUUAGCAACCAGCAUCCUUUAAAUCUAAUAUUACAUUUAUAUUAAAAUCUAUUUUUUUUAUCGUAUAUGUAUGACCAUGAUUGUCCACCAAUGUAAGAAAGUAGUAAACGGAUCCGAAAGGUGUGACAAGAAUAUUCAGAGGGAUUACAGAGACAGUUUAUCUAUUAGAACACUGUUCAUAUUUGAAAUAUAAUGUUUGGAUUCAUUCUGCUACUGCAGUGCGACGAUGAAAUAUUAUAAAUAUUAAAAAUGCAACGUUAAUUCGCUGUGUAAUACCAGAUUCAUUACAUGGUUUCUUAAAAUUCAGACUGAUAACUUGUUGAUUCAUUCAAAACACCUGUUGCCUUCGUACGCUAUUAUAACUGCCUAAAAUAGAAAUUAUACGCGAAAAGUCGUAGUUUAUUUAAAAAGGAAUUCUUUAUUAAAAUUUAUAUAAUAUAUAUUUUAAUGAAACCACAAAGCCUGUGUUACUAUACAGUUUUUAAAAACAAGACAAAACUAAAUUAAUAAACGAAUUUAUUUUGUCUACAAAUUUAAAUUGCAUAUUUAACCAUUAAAGUCGAAAAUUAUUAAAAUACAUACUAUUUUUCAAGUAAAUCGUUUAAAUGGCCUAAGCCAAGCAAAGCAAAUAAAAGGUUAUCUAUUUUUAUGUUAAACUGUUAAGUCAAAUAAAACAUAUUGUUAUUACAUACACACACCGAUACAUAAUCAAUUAAAUUCAGCAAAAUAAUUAACAGGUUCUUGCCAGAAUUUUUACUAUAGUAGAAUAUAUUUAAUAUUUUAUUAAAAUAUGUUAAAUAUAUAUUUAUUGAUAAACCUAUUAUAUAUAAUAUGAAACAUUACCUAAAUAUUAAAUCGCCUUAAAUUGUUGUCAAAAAUUAGUUAUAUAAUAUAUCGAACAAAUGAACUAGAAUACACUACUUGGCACAAAACAAAAACAUAUCGUCUACAAAUAUUACCUUUACCUGUUUACGUCCUUUCAGAAAUGGCUAUUAAAUAUAUAAGAUAUUAGAAACAUGUGUAUUACUGGGAUGAUAUGUAUUACAUGAAAUAAAGUUUUGAAUUAAUAGUUGUUUUAGGGUGCAUGCUAUUCGUAUUAAAAUUAACUUUAGUGUAAUCAUAAUGUAAGCCAUCCCAAUGGAAUUUUAUCUGUAAUCAUCUCUAUUAAAUAAUUGUAAGCUAAUAACGUUUGUUCUCGUACUUGUUAAACCGUAGCAAAUAAUAUAAAAUAAAUUGUUCGGGUCAAACCUGAUUUUAUUAAUUAUUUUUGGAAUAUUUUAUGUAGAACCAUUAAAUCUUUCGUCAAUUGCAAUUGACUGACCGUCUCACUGUGCCACGGAGUUCAUUAAUAACAUACCGUAGUCAAUGAACUAUAAAAAUUAAUACAUAAAAACACUUAAAGAGAGGGAGGGAAUAUUGCAGAAAACAAAUUUUUACACCCCCAAGCUUCCUGUAUCCUCAGUUGUAAUUCUUUAGAAGAGUCUACAAUCUUAUUCUGAUUGUCAAUAGUAAUAGUAAGAGAUCAAAUGUUUAAAUUUUUUUAAUUUUAGUAGUAUUACUGUUAGUUUCACUUUUACACAGCUUUUUUUUAAAUAACCAUAAUUUUGGUUAUUUAGGACACGAAACAUUUGUCGAAUGCAUAAACAUGAUUUUUGCAAAAAAUAGAUCCGUAAUUUUGCUUCUACGAUAAAAUUCAUAUAUAACCUACACCUGCACAUCAUCUCCAAGUCUACUUAUUUUACAGAUUAUAAUACAGAUGAAAUAUAUUGAUUCGUUAAUUAUAAAUUUAAUUAAUAUAAAUAUAAUAUGUAUACAAAGCA